ACCGGCUACCAACUUCAAGCGUAAAAUUCAAGUUUGUUUUUUGUACAAAUUUCUGAUGCAGUUUUUUUUUUAAUAAAUUACAAUAUAAAAUUGGACCGAUGAGCGCGACACGUCGUUUGUAUUGAAAAAUUAAAUCGAUCAACUGUGUUUAUAUGAAAAAUUCGACAAAAACAUCUGAUAUUUUUAAAGUCCUCAAACGUUCAAUUUUAAAGUUAUGAAAAUUUGCUCCUGAGUUCAGAAUUUUAUGAAUAUUGUACGAGUGACGUUCGAUCCAUGAGAUUGUCCUAUUGAACCAUACAUGCUGUUGACCAUUAGACCAGAUGAUUUUAAUCCAUCAAAAAGUCGUAUAGACUUUUAAUAUUGUAAACAGUAGGUAAAUGAUGUUCAAUAAUGUAAGAUCACACACAUCCCAACUAUGACAAACAUGUAUACAAUCGAUAGACUUUUAGUGAUUCUAGCCGGUAUGCUCUUUGCCGUGCUAAACGUAAAAUCGGGAACGGUGCCUGUGUCAAAUGCAAAAAAGAUGACUGUUAGUGACCUUAUGAUUGUCAGUAACAAUAGUUUAGGUUUUGUAGAUUAUUUCAAAAAACUUGAACUCGACCAGCGAUGCAAUAUGCCAAUAUUGAGCAUUUAUGAGUACAAAAAGUUUGAAAAUGACAAUAACAUUACUCCAUGUCUAUGCACAAUUAUUUACAAUAUGACCCAAGAACUAAAUACCAUUCUUGAAAAUGUAUCUGAAACAGCUAAAAUCAAUAUUAGUAGUUACCAAUCAAAUAACUUGGCAUUGUACGAAGUUUGGAAAAAUGUAUCCAUUAAGUCUUCAUCAUUAAAAUUAUUUAUGGAGCCAUUGAAGGAUGAAGAAAAGUGGAGAAAUAUUUGUCAUUCUAUCGAAAACGACAAUGAAGUUACAAGAUAUUGUAAAUUUUUAAAUUUUGAAAUCAUGUUAUGGCAUAAUAUUUUGCCAAAACCUAAAGAACCAGCUAAAGAAAAUAAUGUUGAUAAUAUUCUGAAAAAUGUUAUUGAAAAGAUUUCUAGUGUUAAAACCAUAGAGACUGUCGGAAUUGAUGGUAACGAAAUGGAUCCAGUCUCAGAUGAUACAUCACAAUUGAAUAAUAUCAAUAAUGAUGAUGAACUUGCAGAAAAAAAUAAUAAUAAAGAAGAAGAUAUUAUCGGUGAAGAGAUUCAAAAUAAACCAAUAGAUGGAGGUGUACUUAACCCUAGCAAACUUAAAGAUAAUUCAAAAUCUAAUAAUGAUUAUGCUAACCCUGAGGAUGUUACCUUAGUUGAUUCAGAAGCCAAGAAAGAAACUCAAUCAAGGUUUAAUCAAAAAAAUACUUUUACUAACCAUGAUUUUGAUGAUGUAGAAGAUUCACAUUUUCUUUUCUAUUUUGGCAUUAUGACUGUAUUUUCGUUGCUCUUUUAUUUAGCGUUAUACAAUAAAAAAAAAAUUAUUGCUCUUUUAAUUGAAGGUCGGCGAAAUACUAAUCACCGAAGGCGUCCAAACACAGCUAGUUAUUCGAAAGUAGAGACUGAUGAUGGUACAACUGUAUUUUAAAUAAAUGUGUUACUUAGUGAGUUCUGUUGGAAAUAUAAAAUUAAUUGUAGGCUCUCAAUACUGUAUUGAGUGGUGAAAAAUGUUCUAUACCAGAAAUCAACAUUAUAAUUAAAUAUAAUACAUUAGAAAAAAUUCUGUGAUGAAAAUAUGUGUACAUAAUUUUUAUAACUUUU